CGUCAACUCAACUGUUUCGCACUUUUUCUUCGUAAUUUUUGCAACGCACGUAAACAAAAUUAAAUUUUCGGGUGAAAAUCGUGAAAAAUCCAUUCCGUUCGUGGCCUACCCGUGCAAACUAUUCGAAAAUCGGCAUUGCAUAGAGUACACCAUCGAUUGAAAUCAGAAGAAAGUAAUUUAGGUUAGGCUCAGUGUUAAAAAAAGGCGAAGUGUUAUCUCAUCGGAAAUAGUCCCGUUUGUUCAGCGGAACACGGCAAGUGGCCUGUUCCAAUGAAUCUCAUCGUGAUUAUUGCUGUUCAACCCUGCUAGUGUUCCUUUUCCUUGCUGCUAGUUUAUCCUCUUUCGGUUGCCGGAUCGGUCCGGAACUGGAAUAAAUUCCCUGAGGAGCUUGAAGAGUCUCGGGAGUAGUCAGUAGAAGGAGGGGUCAACCGAGUCGGCGAAAGUAGCUGUAAGGUAAAAUAAUGUUGACGCACAAGAACAAUCAGGCCGCCCGGAAGAAGAUGCAGGUUUCGUUCGUGAUCCGGGACGCCGAGGAGAAACGACAUCGAAAUGGGGUCAACGCCCUGCAGCUGGAUCCGAUCAAUGGACGGCUGUACUCGGCUGGGCGCGAUGCCAUCAUCCGGGUGUGGAACUCCACCCAGACCAGCUCCCAGGAACCGUACAUCCAGAGCAUGGAACACCACAACGAUUGGGUCAACGAUAUAGUUUUGUGCUGCGGCGGGAGAAAUUUGAUAAGUGCAAGCUGUGACACCACGGUGAAGGUGUGGAAUGCCCACAAAGGAUUUUGCAUGUCGACGCUGCGAACCCACCGAGAUUACGUUCAGGCACUGGCCUAUGCCAAAGACCGGGAACAGGUGGCCAGCGCCGGUCUGGACAAGGCCAUCUUCCUGUGGGACAUCGACAAACUUACCGCCCUUACUGCUUCGAACAACACCGUUACAACCUCCAGCAUCACCGGUUCCAAGGACUCAAUCUACAGCUUGGCCAUGAAUCCAUCGGGAACGAUCAUAGUUAGUGGAUCUACCGAAAACACACUGCGCAUCUGGGAUCCCCGGACGUGUAACAAGAUUGCCAAACUGAAAGGCCACACCGAAAACGUCAAAGCUCUGGUCGUGUCCGAGGAUGGAACCCAGGUGGUAUCGGGCAGCUCCGAUGGAAAGAUCAAGCUGUGGAGUAUCGGGCAGCAACGUUGCGUGCAGACCAUUAGCGCGCAUUCCGAAGGUGUUUGGGCCCUGCUGAUGACCGAGAACUUUUCGCACGUCAUCUCCGGCAGCCGGGACAAGAAGAUCAUCAUGACGGAGCUGCGCAAUCCCACGAACAGUGUGCUGAUCUGCGAGGAACGGGCACCGGUGUUGAGUUUGUGCUACAACAUUGACCAGACGGGCGUUUGGGCCACCACCUGGAACAGUGACGUUCGAUGCUGGAAGUUGAACAAAGCCCCGACCGAGAAGCUGAGUAGUUACAACUAUAGCAGUAAUAGCAGUAUUAAUAGUGGGGGUGGCGGUGCGGGUGAUGCCGGAUCGGUGGGAUCGGCCGGGUCCAAUGCUGGUGGUUCUGCCUCCGGGACUCAGACACAGGUUAAGGGAUAUGAGGUGGCAUGUAUAAAGGGAGGUGCAGCUAUCAAAAAGUAUCACGUGUUGAACGAUAAACGGUUCAUGUUAACGAAGGACAGUGAUCAAAAUGUUGCAAUUUACGACGUUUUAAAGAUUAAGAAAGUUGAAGAUCUAGGAAAGAUAGACUACGAGGAGGAGGUUAAGAAGCGCAGUCAAAGGGUUUAUGUUCCGAAUUGGUUCACUGUUGAUCUGAAAACUGGGAUGCCGAUGAUUGUGUUGGGUCAAGAUGAGGUCGACUGUUUUUCAGCGUGGGUUUCCGCCGAAGCCGGACUUCCGGAACAUGCUGAAGCGGGUUCAGAUCCGAAAGUGAACUACGGUAGCUUGCUUCUGCAGGCACUUUUAGAAUAUUGGAAACCACCUCCUCCCCAUCAUCACCUUCAAGGUGGACCGGAUAUGGAGAAUGGCUGCGAUGGGGAUAUUCGAGGCAACGAAUAUUUUUCGGUACCGAAACAUACGCCAAUUAUUUUCAGUGAGGUCGGUGGGCGAAACGUGUGUAGGUUACUAGUAAAAGAUGCUGCUGGAGAAACCGAAAGUGCACUGCUCAGUGAAACGGUCCCGCCUUGGGUGACGAAUGUGGUCAUAGAGCGAGCCAUUCCCAAAUUCACUCGGCUACCAUUCUACCUGCUGGCCCAUCCUUCCAUGUUGAAACAGGACCGCAGCAAAAAGCUUGAUUCUGUCAAACACCAGGAACGAUUGGUGGCCAACGAGUUCAUCCAGUGUCGGAAGGUGUGCGAGCAUGUGCUAGACAAGGUUCUCGGUGCCGAUCUGCAGCCGACCAACUCGACCGGCAACUCGAACUCCUCCCAGAACAAUAGCCAAAGCGAUGCCAAUUCCGAGGGAAGUCAGGUUCCGGCCGAAGAGCGGAUCGAGUUGCUGUGCAAUGAUGUGGUUUGCGAUCCCAAUAUGGACCUCAGGACGGUGCGGCACUUUAUCUGGAAACAGUCGUCCGAUCUUACGUUCCACUACCGAACAAAGUCAAACUAGAACGUAUGCUGAAAGUACGGACAAGCAAACACAAAACCGUCUGCACGUAUGGAUGUGUGUUGUAUUAUAUAAACCAUUAUAUAAUAAUAUAAUUGUACAAGCAAAAAAAAUAGCAAGAAUCAUCUUAGAUGGAUCCAGUAGAAAGUGAGAUUGGUACCUCUUUAUUUUUUAUCAGUUUCAUCUACCUAGCAAUGAAUGCAUUUCGGUAUCCUCGAGGUAAUUGUUUUUACCCACACUCUCUACUACAGUAGAACUAUUAGUAACUAGUUAGCUAGGGACCUUUCCUAAAAACAAACCCACUGAGGUAUAUCUACAUAGCUAUUAGAUCAGGUAGGAUAUUUCCUAAACUACAAAUUGAUUUCCAGACAGUUUUCCUGAUUAUCAGCUAGUGGUUCAACUAAUCGGAACGGAUAUGGUAUAAAUGUGAUAGGAGUUUUGAGUUGUUUCUGCCAAUAACAUACAUGACAGCUAGAAUUCCGAUUUUAAAUUCUUUAUUGCUUAGUACUUUUGAGAGUCUUCUUUAUGAUGAAAAAAUGUCCAGUGCCGUUGUUUAAUAUUGUUAUCUUGGAGCAUUUCUAAAAAAAUCCCUAGAACGUCAGUUAUUUCGAAAAAAAAAGUCCUUUUAAAAAAAUAUUGUACGCCUGCAUUUAGAUUUCCGUGAAAUUUAUAAAUUCGUUGGUCGUUUCAAUAGGCUUGAUUUCCGUUGCCCGAUAGAUUGUCCCAUCAAAGAGUGGUGAUAAAUAAGAGCACCUUUUCAUCCAACCGAUAGAUAUCCCAAACAACUGUUAGAUUCAGAGUUUAUCAGAUACCAUAAGAUAGCGAAGAGAUUUUAUUGUCACAUUUUUGCGUAUUACAGUGAGGUUCAAGAAUAAGCCAGUUCGGCAGCAGGGGAAGAAUCAUUGCCAAUUCGAUUAGGGAAUACAAACAAAACGACAACGGAAAUCCGGAGCCGGAAAUGUAAAAAAAAACUAAUAGCGCCACUAAGCGCGCUGCUAAAACCGGGAGAGAUUGUGAAUAAUAGUGUCUAUAGGCUUAGGAAGACAGAUAGCCGGAAUUUGUCGAUAAAUAAAAAAAUAACAGAAAAAUUAAUUCUCUGAAUAUAAAUUAUAUUUAAUAUACGAAAAAAAAAAUAGACGAUGGAAGCAAAUUGAGAGAGUUACUGGAAGCAAAACAAAAAUCAUAACAACAAGAAAAACGGUUACAAAGAAUCAUUAACGAACUCUUUUUCAACAGAAUGUAUCGUUACUUUGCUGGAUGAAAUUUAAAUUGAGAAAAAAUUUAGCAGCUAAUAAAAAAAAUGUAUCUCCAACAUUA